CAAGCUAACUAUCAUCUCGAAAGAAGAAGAGCAAUAUUCAAAAGAUGCCUUGUCUGAACCUCUCCACCAACGUGAGCCUCGAUGGAGUCGACACCUCUCCUAUCUUCUCUGAAGCCAUUAAAGCCAUCGCUAAUAUCAUUGGAAGACCAGAGUCUUAUGUAAUGGUGUUACUGAAGGGAUCUAUACCCAUAAGCUUCAACGGGAAUAAUGAACCGGCGGCGUUUGGGGAGGUGAUAUCCAUGGGAGGCAUCAACUCGGAAGUAAAGAAGAAACUAAUCUCAGCCAUCGGCACCAUCCUUGAGACAAAGUUGUCUGUUCCAAAGUCAAGAUUCUUCCUUAAAGUCUUUGACACAACGGCUAUGCGUUUUGACUCCAAAAUCUGA